AUGUCGUACGUGAGAUUUAUACGCGUCUUUCGCGCAAAUUUGGCUGAAUAUGGCUCGCUAAUUGUCUCUCUGUUGAAUCUCGGUGGUGGUUGGAAUGCCAGCCCAUGGAAUGAUAACCACAGCUGGCAGAGCUGGCGGGAACAGUACAAGCAAAACGAUAAAUACUACAUCAACGCCAUAAACAAGGAGCUCAACAAACGCAAGGUCUCCGAGAAUACAACAUUUGAGCUAUCGUCCGGCUCAGAGGACGACGGUGAACGCAGACCCAAGGCACGGCAACCUGCGGCUAAGAAUAAGCAACAGCGUCCUUACCAGAGAGCCACGCGGCUUAUCUUGUCUGAAAAUUCAGAUGAUGGCGAAGAAGAACAAUCCCACAAGUCCAGACAGGUGACGCCGCCAGAUCCAAGCAACGCUUCAAAAAUUCGUCUCCUCGCAAAGUACUACGCAGAGCAAAGCAUUGCAGAAAGUAUCAGGUCCAGAGCCGACACGAUUCAAGAUCUGACCCAUUACGAGGAUUGCCAACCUUGGGCAAAGGAGCUGCGCCCUAUACAAUGGAAGGAGUUUUAUAUUGCCAACAAGAAGGCAAUUGACGAGCAAGUCGCGGCCCUGGAACAACUCGGGAACAAGAACCAUGUUCAGAAGCGAACUCUCAAGCGACAAGCUCCCUCGGAUGAGGAAGCGACAUCGUAUAUCGCCAGUAAAAAGGUCGAGAAUACACGACCGAGAAGGAGCCUAAAGAGGCGGCGCGUGGAGGUUCCAGUCGAGGACGGCCCGGAUGAGAAUGACUAUGGAAACGUGGAUCACGAUGUUCCGGACAAGCCCCCUUCGAUAGAAGUUGAGCGCGGUCCUCCCACGUCGGAAGCACCCAGCAGUACGACCGCGACGCCUCCCAGGAAAGCGGCUAAGCGCUCGAGAGCAGUCUAUGCUACUCCGGCAUCCGUGAUUGACGAUGACGGAGAUGAAGAGGAUGACAUACCAUCCAACCUCGAACUACCUAUGGCCAACUUCGAUCGCUACGGGGUUCCCGGCUCCCCAAGUGGAACACUUAUUCCUGGAUCACAGUUCCAGCUCACUCCGGCCUCGAGACCUGUCACUCCUAUGAUUUCUCAAGUCAAUGCCUCUUCUCGAGCCAAUAGCAGAGGUCCCGCCAUCCACAGCUUCCCUCGAUCCUAUCCGUCAUCAAGGCCGCCCCUACUUGGUCGAGAUGGCACCCCUCGAAUAACCGAAGUGUCAUACGAGGGCUCCCAAGCAACCGCGACCCCAGUCGUCCCGGAUCCCAAUGCUGGUGUCCCCGAAACGCCUUUGCCUCUUCCUCAGAGCGAAAGCUUGACAGCAAAAAUGAAAGGGAUCGUUGGAAAGAUAUUUCCAACUACGCUGCCGUCUUUGACUCCGUUGCUACGCGAGAAGCGGGCUACUGCGAGCAGUACGCAAACUGCGCCUGAAGAGUCUACCCCACCACAGGGGCGUGUCCAGCCCGAAAAAGGACAAGAUUCGGUGCAUCGGACGGCAAACAUUCGGGGGGUUGAGGCUCAGCGAAAUAAGAGCGUCGUUGAAGAGGAAGAGGUGGACGAGCUGAUUGACGAUGAUCUAGAGAAUGAACUUCCUCCGCCUCACCCUCGCCUCAUCCCAUCGCGCAACCUCGGGAGACGUCCGUCAGAGUCACCAAUGUUCGUAUCAGCAGACUCUACACCAUCUGAAGCUCCCACACGUGCGAAUAUGGCUGCAGCCUCUCGGCACUAUCCACUACACGAGACCACGACAGCGAUAGGACUCGUCCGUCAUAGAAGAUGCAGGCCAAGUCAAGGCAGAUUCAUGGAAGAUUCCGAGAGUGAGGAUGAUGCGGGAAUCUCACAGGCGCAGGAUGUUCAUUUCGCGCCAUUUGAGGAUGAAGACAAGGAAAAUUGGCCUCAAGAGCCCAGCGUUGACCCCACCGGAAGGCGCGCCGCUCCUCGUCUUUCAAACGUGAGCGUACGCUACGAGGAUCUUGGCGCCUCGUUCAAUCAGGAUACGCCAGAGAUGCCCUCGCCAAAGAAGAGCUUGACCCUGAUCGGGGUUACUCCUCCCGAGCCUCACAUUACGGCGACCUCUGUUCGAACAGACAUUCGCGCUACUGAAGGUGCUACUCGCAGAAUUCCUGGAGGAUAUUAUACCGAGAAACCCAUGUCGAAGUUGGCCACGAGAAGGGACGAAGGAUACUCGUUCCAGCCACGCAUCUCUCUCACAUCUCCCGACUUUGGAAAUGAUUCCGACCCAGACGCCAAUGACGAUCCAAGUCCUCUUUCUCUCAGGGCGCUUCGGCGGGACGGGGUCGCUGCAAAGACCAAAGUCCAUUUCGAAAGAAUGGCUACAAAUCGUGAUCGCAGGAAGACAACUGGUGGGAUUGGAAUACGAUUCGGCGAGACGAGCUCCAGUAUGCACCAAACAAACUUCGCCCCUCCACCAGCACUCAGGUCACCCGAAAAACCUCCCCUUGACUCAGAUCCCAUCCAAAUAGACUCCGAGGAAGAGGAUCCACCAGAGGACGACUCGCCGCUCGCUCGCUACUCACAGGCAUCUCGGAUGGCGACUUCAUCUCCUUUCAAGUCCCUGUCAAAAAAUGACCCCGUUCGACAACUGGUCGAAUUUCCUUUGGUGGACGCACGACCAGUUAUGGCCAAGCCUGGUCGGGGUACGGCGGCUGGUCGAUUGGGUGUGCAAAAUAUGACAGAAGCAAUGUGGAGUCCGGUGAAGUUCCCACCGAUGCGGGCCAGUUUUAUGCCACCACCCGCAGAAACGUCGAGAUCUGGUCGUGAACGUAGUCAUGGUCCCAUCGCGGGGCCAUCAAAUUCAGGUUCUACGCCGACGGGGAUGACCCUGGACUAUCGAGAUCAACGCAAAACCGCCAAGUGGCUUCAGUCAACACGUGGGCGACCUCUGAUAGUCUCCGAGCAGUCUACUGAGAAGAGACGACAUAGCCUACCGUUAGCCGCGCUUGGCGACGUUGUGUACUCGUCAGACAGCCCGCGUCGAGUGGCUUCUCAUUCGCGAAGUCGGUCUACUUCUCAUCGCUCAAAGAUAUCAAAGAGAAGCGAGAUAGAGGUGGACGAGGAGAAUGUUGACGACCUGAGCAAGGCAGACAGCAUGCGGGUUGUGAAGUACAUGCUCUCGUCUGGGCUGAUCGAACCGGAUACUCCACUCGAAGCGUCGGUGAUUUUUGAUGGUUUAGCCGCAUAUUUGAUCCAUCUGGCCCGCGACUUCAACUUUCAACCUCAAAUUGCCCGAGAAAUAUGGAAAGUCUGCUGGGAUUUGGAGGAGACGGAGCAACAUCUCGCGAGGAUGUUUGGUGCUGCAAGAGCAACGGGGGAACGGGGUUUGGAUACUGACCCCAGCGGCGUCGGCAACGAGGAAUUGUUGGAGUUGCAAGAGAGGCGGGAGAGGAGAGAACGCAUCGUCCGAGAGAGUCUGGGAGCGUCAAGAACGAGACGGGUUAGCGAUCGACUGGAGAAGAUUGAGUUGCGACCAGACAAUGACGAGGACUCGGAAGACGAUCCUGAUUCGGAGCAAAGUCAGCCGCCGCCCAGCGUUCCCUUUGAGGUGUUGCAUCCUCUAUUGGGGUGA